GGGCUUAACCCCAGAUCAUCAGGCUGUGGUCUCAAUUCUUUUAGUUAUUGGCCUGUACUUGAUCUGGGGGGUGGGGUCUUGCCUGUGUGUGUGGGCAAAGCCUAGCUGUUUGUCAGGGGGAGGUGUUUGUGCCUGAACUUGAUCAUUAACCUGCCUUAUUGCGAAAAGUGGGUCAGACUAGAGCUGCUGUUUUUUUAAGGCAAAGGUCAUUAGUGUGGAGUGGAGCUACCAGCUCUCCCCCAUGGAGGCUGUGUGGCGGUGGCUUUGGGAGUGGCAGAGGCUUGUCUAGGGGUGGGGCUUACUUCUCUUGUACUUCGCCUGUGUCCUUUCUGUUAUUUUCACCAAGUCUCAGGCUCCAGCCUUGAAACUAGAGACCCCUUCCUAGGGCCUCCUCACUUUUCCUCGGGGCCAGACUGAUCCUUUCACUUCUUCCCGGCUUCAGUGAGCAAACUAGGGCUAACUGGGAGUAAGAAUGGGCCUAACACUUGCUAGACUGUUAUCCAUCACAGUGGACCUACCUUACCCAAGACAAGGCUUGAGUUGUACAGAACAAGAAAUGCUGAAAAUACUUUGUCUCUGGAUCCACGGCUGGGUAAAAGAAGGUUGAAGCUGGCUGUUUCCCCUCCAUCAAAGAGAUCUGAAGAGCUAUGAAGCAGCUUGUCCAAGGUCACAGUGAUUUCAUUGUCUAGGGAAGCAUUUGGAUUUCAGUUUAUGGCUAGCAUGCCAAGCCUGCCCCAGCCCAGCCUAGAGGAAGCCGAGGUGGGCAUGCUGGUUUAUCAUGUAUGUGAUUCAGGGAGCUUAGGAACUGCAGUGGUGGAGGGUUUUUAGUGAAUGAAGCUCCCUUCUUAAUGAUAUGCUGAAGGACUCUUGGGGGUCGGGGAGUGCUGGGUUGGGGUCAGAGCAUAGUUCAUCUUGGGGACACAGGGCUUUCUACUUGGUAGGACCUUGGCUUCUGUGUCACAGAAAACCGGUAUAGAUAACCAAGACUCAUUUUACGGCCAUUUUGGAUCUGUUCAAAGAAGAAACAUAAAUUGAGUCUGUGUUGUGUAGGUCUUCCUUCCUCUGUUAUCCCCUGGUAAGGUUUCUGCAUGGGUAUCAGAGUGCAGACCCCUGAGCCUCAGCCCCUAUUUCAGAGCUCUCCAGUACCUUUGAGGAGGGGACAAGGCAGACAAGGGUCAGUUACCUUAGGAAUAAAGUAACUUUUAGGGGUUAAGAGAACAGGCAGGUUUUUCAAGUUCACAGUGGUGUGUCAAGUUCCUUCUGCACAGGGGAGGGCUCUCAGAGCUGGGCGUGGAAACUGAAGGGGAUCUGGCAGACAAGGGGAGAAUUUAGGGGCUUAUAAGCUCUCCAGCAGGAUCUUAAAGGAUCUUAAAGCUCUUCUGGGUGGUGUCUGAGAAAAUAGUGAACUAUACUUGGACCUUAAAGACCUGUUUCUGGUCUGCGGAAACAGGAAGAAGGCAAACAGGGUCUUCCAUAAGCUGCCUCUGCCUCUGUCCACUUGAAUGGGCUUUGAAGCACUGGGUUCCUAGGAUGGGGUGAUGUAUCUUUUGGGGUUCUACUUCCUGUUCUUGCUUCACCUGAUGGUUCCUUAGCUAGGGUGUAGCCUGGCCCUGGCAUAGUCUCUGAAGACUAUCAGACCGGAGUGGCAUACAGAGGUUACUUGUGGUUACUCAGAUCCCUUUGAAAGUCCUUCCUGUGACCAUCUCUGGCUAGUGACAUCCCUGUAUAGCCCUAGGGAAGGCCAUGUGUUGUCCUUCCACUCUGAUCUCUUCUGGAGACUGUAGGAGUCAGUUAGCACAUGCACUAAGUGCAUUCAGGCAGUUGGUCCUAUUCUGCAGAGGACUGCCUUUUUAUUCCACUUCCCUAAAGCCUAGGUCCUCAGAGGACCUGGAUUUCAAAGGACCCCCUGGGAUCCGAGUGCAGGAGAAUAGAGACCUGGCUGAUCUUAUGGCGUCAAGCACCACCUAGACUGACUCCUUAGGCUUCCAGGAGGAAGGCACUGCUGUAGUCUGGUCCUGGGGGAACAUAGCAAUAGAUAGUACCCUAAAAGUAGUACCCAGAGGUUGGGAUUGGGAUUCUGACACACACACCUUUUCCUAGACUUAGCAUCACAGACUUCUUUUGCUUCUGUGGCUUUGGACAGCUCACUUACAAGACUUGUAGAGCUUUAGUCUCCUUGAGUGAGAUGGAGUGGCUGAUGUGAAUAUGGUCCUUCUGGGGAAUGGCCUGGAGUGAACACUGGCUUAAUGUAAACUAGAGUGGAGUCAGUGUUGGCAUCCUUUAGCAUUACCAGGCUGCCUGCUCCCCUCCCAGGAUUAGGGUGUGUUUGAAGAGGGGGUUAAAAGGAAUGGAGCUCUGUCUGGAUCUGACCGUUUUUGCCUCAGGUCAUAGUGUGAGGUUCAGAACCUGCUAGGGCUGAAGAGAAGCCAAGGGUUUGCUUAGCCAUUUCUGGGAAUGGAGGGACCUGGAGUGAGAGCCCUGCUCCCCUUUCCACCCCCAUGCUGGUUAGUAUGGAUGCCAGAGCAGUCCUUACUAGGCCCUGGCAACAAGUCAGAAGCCCUGCAAAUGCACCCUGGCGAGGCUGGGCAUGCUGCUUCUCCACAGUGUGAUGGCCUUCAGCCUCUUGCUGGCAGCUCUAUUUUUCCCCAGGGGAGACAUUUGGUUUUCUCCUGGUGGCGCACAGGCUGCUGGGAAGAGCAGAGGUAGCCUGCCAGCUUCUUGGUGCAGCUUUAAGUCCUGAGGCUUGGGUGCAGUUGUCCUCUGAGAGAUUGGGGCCCAUCCCCCCCUCACUAGAACCAGUGACUCUCAGGAAAGAGUCCAGCUGCCAGGUCACCUGCAAGGGGCAACAGGAGCCAGAGGCCUCAACCAGUCCUUUGACCUAAGAGGAAGGCAGAGUGCUCUUUCGGUAGCUGGUGGACCAGGGGUGGCUAUCUGAUGGCGUGGGCCCGGGUCUGUGCCAGCUGUUGUCAGCAGCUGGCUGAAGCAGUCCUGCCCACCACCGGUGUAGGUGGAGCUGAGGAGAGGACCCCCUUGCUGAGCCUUGCUCCUGCCAGCCUACCCCCUAUGCCUUCUAUCCAAAGGGGCCCAGAUACCCCAAAUUCUGGAUUCCUCUUUUCCUCUAAUGGCUUCACUAGCAGUGAUCCCUUUUCUGAGGUAUGUGGGGAGGUGGGCCUAAGUGUUAGUAGUUCUUUCCAAGGUCCUGAAGCCAGUGGGGCCUCCUGGCCCUCAGUUGUCCUUCUGCCCGACCUUGAAGAGAAAGAGAGGCAGGGGGAAUGUGCCCUUCCCAGGGCUGCCCCAGCAGGCCUGGCCCCACUGAAACCUGAAGCCAGCUGGAGCUCCAGCCCUGAGCCGACCAACUGCAUUACCACAGUGAUAGAAGCAGAGACUGGAACAAGGGACAGAGGCAGCAUUGGGCCUGGGCCUGGGCCUGGGCCUGGUUCUGGGCCUGGUUCUGGGCCUGGUCAGGGAAGCUGGCGGCCUUACUGCCAUGGCAGUUCUGAGACUCCAGAGCCAAGAAGAGGGCAGCUGCUGACUGUACCAGAUCCCCCCUCAGUCAUGCUGUUGAAUGGUGACUGCUCAGAGAACUUGAAGAAGGAAGAAGGGUCAUCUGAGCCACCUAGAGAAAAUGGGCUAGAUGAGGGUGAGCCUGGAGAGGAGACCACUGGACAGGAAGUCAUUGUCAUUCAGGACACAGGCUUUUCUGUGAAGAUCCUGGCCCCUGGCAUCGAGCCCUUUUCCCUGCAGGUGUCCCCCCAGGAGAUGGUACAGGAGAUCCACCAGGUGCUCAUGGACCGUGAAGAUACUUGUCACCGUACCUGCUUCUCACUGCACUUGGAUGGCAAUAUGUUGGACCACUUUUCAGAGCUACGCAGCGUGGAGGGACUGCAGGAGGGCUCGGUGCUCCGAGUUGUGGAAGAGCCUUACACAGUUCGGGAGGCCCGAAUCCACGUGCGCCAUGUCCGAGACCUCCUCAAGAGCUUGGACCCAUCUGAUGCCUUCAAUGGAGUUGACUGUAACUCCUUGUCCUUCCUGAGUGUCUUCACUGAUGGUGACUUAGGAGACAGUGGGAAGCGGAAGAAAGGCUUGGAGAUGGAUCCCAUCGACUGCACACCACCUGAGUAUAUCCUGCCAGGGAGCCGGGAGCGGCCUCUGUGUCCCCUGCAGCCCCAGAACCGUGACUGGAAGCCCCUGCAGUGUCUGAAAGUGCUCACCAUGAGUGGCUGGAACCCCCCUCCUGGGAACCGCAAGAUGCAUGGGGACCUCAUGUACCUGUUUGUGAUCACUGCUGAGGACCGGCAAGUGAGCGUCACUGCGUCCACACGGGGCUUCUACUUGAAUCAGUCCACAGCCUACCACUUCAACCCCAAGCCUGCCAGCCCCCGCUUCCUUAGCCAUUCUCUAGUAGAGCUGCUCAACCAGAUCAGCCCAACCUUCAAAAAGAACUUUGCUGUGCUGCAGAAGAAAAGGGUCCAGCGCCACCCGUUCGAGAGGAUCGCCACCCCGUUCCAGGUAUACAGCUGGACAGCCCCCCAGGCGGAGCAUGCCAUGGACUGUGUGCGUGCUGAGGACGCCUACACCUCAAGGCUGGGCUACGAGGAGCACAUUCCUGGACAGACCCGGGACUGGAAUGAAGAGCUGCAGACAACAAGGGAGCUGCCCCGCAAGAACCUGCCUGAGCGAUUGCUUCGAGAAAGAGCCAUUUUCAAGGUGCACAGUGAUUUCACAGCAGCAGCCACAAGGGGUGCCAUGGCAGUUAUUGAUGGCAAUGUGAUGGCCAUCAACCCCAGCGAGGAGACCAAGAUGCAGAUGUUCAUCUGGAACAACAUCUUCUUUAGCCUGGGCUUUGAUGUCCGGGACCACUACAAAGACUUUGGUGGGGAUGUGGCAGCCUAUGUGGCACCCACCAAUGACCUGAACGGUGUACGCACAUACAAUGCUGUGGAUGUAGAGGGGCUGUACACACUGGGUACAGUGGUGGUGGAUUACCGUGGCUACCGGGUCACAGCUCAGUCCAUCAUCCCUGGCAUCCUAGAACGGGACCAGGAGCAGAGUGUCAUCUAUGGCUCCAUUGACUUUGGCAAGACAGUGGUGUCACACCCACGCUACCUGGAGCUGUUGGAGCGCACCAGCCGGCCUCUCAAGAUUCUGCGUCACCGAGUGCUCAAUGACCGAGAUGAGGAGGUGGAGCUCUGUUCCUCAGUCGAGUGUAAGGGCAUCAUUGGCAAUGAUGGGCGCCACUACAUCCUUGACCUACUGCGCACCUUCCCACCUGACCUCAACUUCCUUCCUGUGCCUGGUGAGGAGCUGCCUGAGGAGUGCUCUCGAGCUGGCUUCCCCCGAACCCAUCGACACAAGCUGUGCUGUUUGCGCCAGGAGCUAGUAGAUGCUUUUGUGGAGCACAGGUACCUUCUCUUCAUGAAGCUGGCCGCCUUACAGUUGAUGCAACAGAAGGCCAGCAAGGUGGACACCUCCACCUCCCUGGAGAAUGGUGGCCCUCCCUCCUCAACAGAGACCAAAUCUGAAGACUCACUAGGAUCUGAGGCAGGUUGUGAGGAGGAAGGCAGCAGUGUGAGCGGCCUGGCCAAGGUGAAGGAGCUGGCAGAGACCAUCGCCUCAGACGAUGGCACAGUAGACCCUCGAAGCCGAGAGGUGAUCCAAAACGCCUGCAAGGCUGUUGGCUCUGUCAGCAGCACAGCCUUUGAUAUUCGCUUCAAUCCUGACAUCUUCUCCCCAGGGGUUCGAUUUCCUGAGUCCUGCCAGGAUGAAGUUCGGGACCAGAAGCAGCUGUUGAAAGAUGCAGCUGCCUUCUUGCUCUCCUGCCAGAUCCCUGGUUUGGUAAAGGAUUGCACAGAGUAUGCUGUGCUGCCCAUGGACGGGGCCACACUGGCUGAGGUGAUGCGCCAGCGUGGCAUCAACAUGCGAUACCUGGGCAAGGUGCUGGAUCUGGUGCUGCGGAGCCCAGCCCGGGACCAGCUGGACCACAUUUAUAAAAUCGGCAUUGGAGAGCUCAUCACACGCUCCGCCAAGCAUAUCUUCAAGACAUACCUACAGGGAGUGGAGCUCUCAGGCCUCUCAGCUGCCAUCAGCCACUUCCUGAACUGUUUCCUGAGCUCUUACCCCAACCCUGUGGCCCACCUGCCUGCUGAUGAGCUGCUCUCCAAGAAAAGGAACAAGAGGAGGAAAAACCGGCCUCCAGGAGCUGCAGACAACACUGCGUGGGCUGUGAUGACCCCCCAAGAGCUCUGGAAGAACAUAUGUCAGGAGGCCAAGAACUACUUUGACUUCACCCUUGAGUGUGAUUCUGUGGACCAGGCUGUGGAGACCUACGGGCUGCAGAAGAUAACACUGCUACGGGAGAUCUCACUGAAAACUGGGAUGCAGAUUCUGCUGAAGGAAUACAGCUUUGACAGCCGCCACAAGCCUGCCUUCACUGAGGAAGAUGUGCUCAAUAUCUUCCCUGUGGUCAAGCAUGUCAACCCCAAGGCCUCGGAUGCCUUCCACUUCUUCCAGAGUGGACAGGCCAAAGUACAGCAGGGCUUCCUGAAGGAAGGCUGUGAGCUCAUCAACGAGGCUCUGAACCUGUUCAACAAUGUCUAUGGAGCCAUGCAUGUGGAGAUCUGUGCCUGUUUGCGGCUUCUGGCCCGCCUCCACUACAUCAUGGGGGAUUAUGCUGAGGCCCUCAGUAAUCAGCAGAAGGCUGUGCUGAUGAGUGAGCGGGUGGUGGGCAUUGAGCACCCCAACACCAUCCAGGAAUAUAUGCACCUGGCCCUCUACUGCUUUGCCAGCAGCCAGCUGUCCACAGCCCUGAGCCUCCUGUACCGUGCCCGCUACCUCAUGCUGCUUGUGUUUGGGGAGGACCAUCCUGAGAUGGCAUUGUUGGAUAACAACAUCGGGCUGGUGCUGCAUGGCGUAAUGGAGUACGAUCUAUCCCUGCGCUUCCUGGAGAAUGCACUGGCUGUCACUACCAAGUACCAUGGUCCCAAGGCCCUUAAGGUGGCUCUCAGCCACCACCUUGUUGCCCGGGUUUAUGAGAGCAAAGCUGAGUUCCGGUCAGCCCUCCAGCAUGAGAAGGAAGGUUACACCAUCUACAAGACACAGCUAGGUGAGGACCAUGAGAAAACCAGGGAGAGCUCUGAGUACCUCAAGUGCCUGACCCAGCAGGCUGUGGCCCUGCAACGCACCAUGAAUGAGAUCUACCGUAAUGGCUCCAGUGCCAAUAUCCCACCCCUUAAGUUCACAGCUCCCAGCAUGGCCAGUGUCCUGGAGCAGCUCAAUGUCAUCAAUGGCAUCCUCUUCAUUCCUCUCAGCCAAAAAGACCUGGAAAACCUGAAGGCAGAGGUGGCACGGCGACACCAGCUCCAGGAGGCCAGCAGAAACAGGGAUAAGGCUGAAGAACCCAUGGCCACUGAGCCUGAGCCAGACAGAGCCCUGGAGGGCAUGGGCUCCCCUCAGACUGCCAAGGAAGGUCCUUCCCUGAGCUUACAGGGAUAAAAAAGGAGAGAAAGAUGGACAGUCCAGCAGCCCCAUUACCCGGUGAUGCAGACAGAUUCCAGGAGAAUUCUGGGGGGCAUGCCCUGCAGAUUGGGAGAGGAAGCUAAUCUUCCACUUUCUACCCCCACCUCACCCUACCAUCUGCCUGGGGCCCUGCCCUGGCCUGCCUGCCCCUAAAAGAUGGUUUUGCACUGGUUCAAUGAAUAUUCAAUGCAGAGGCCUAAUUGAAGACAAGAAAAAUGAAGUGUGUAAGGCAUCAGCUCCAGCUGGGGGCAAGUGCCUCCCCAGCCUCAAGCCGAUGUAUGUCCAUGCCUGUGGAUGUCUUGCUCCGUCCUUCCUGAUGUAUAUAGCCCAGUCAGUUCUGAGUGGAUGACGUGCAGAUAACAAUUUCUCAGGUCAUUUCUAUGUUUGACAUUAUGGCUGCUGCUUUUGUUGCUACUACCCUUGGGUCCAGCCUGGUUUAAGCCAAAAAAGAUGGGGGCUUUCAUGUGUCUUGGGAGGGGGAGCCAGAUGUCUGGUAGGGUGCAAGGUGAGACCUACAGUGGCUUUACUGUGAUUGGGCCUGGCCUACCUGUAGCCUUAGGGUGAAGGGAAGGGGCCAGCGUUGGUGGACCCCACACAUCCAUGUGCCUGGCUUUGGCCAAGCAGGAGAGGUGGUCCUACCACAGGCUUUGACUUGCCUCCCUGUACCCCGGGUGAGCAUAACCUUGGGGGCCAACAGUCUGAAUGUAUCUUUCUCCCCAUUUUAACCUGAGCUGCCUAAUGCAUAGUUGGGUAAGGGGUGGGACCCAGGGCUGAAUUGUGGAUCCCAGGGAAAGUGCCAUGCCUAGGAGUGAUUGUCACCUCGGUGGAGCCUGACUCCUUCUUGGUUUUUGCCAUAUAAGCACUUACACAAAGAAGCUCUUGGGUGUUGGGGCUCCUACUGCCUUGGCUGCCCUCUCUCUCUCCCCUCCCUGCCUGUGUCGUUUUUCUUUGUCUGCUGUCCCUGAAGGAGAUGGCCACCCUUUGAGCCUAAGAGAGCUGUUUUAGGCAGAUCCUCUACUUGGGGCUUUUCUGGAGCUGCUGAUGGAUAGUAUCUGUCCAGGGACCUUGUUUCAAAGGGAAUGGGCGGCCAGCAAGGCAUCCCCACAGCUACUAAGAACGUUUUCUUGUUUUUAAACCAUCACAUCUUCAUUUCACAUUGGAAUAAAGUGAGUUUUUGAAACCUGC